AUUAGUAAUUUUCCCCUUGUUCAAUGGUGUUGUGUUCGGAAUUUUCCCCUUGUUCAAUGGUGUUGUGUUCGGAACAGGAUCAGCCACAAAGAAAUAUUGCUAGAAAUUCCUUGAGCAGAGCAGAGGAAAGCAGGAGUUGGGAAAACAAUGUCAUCAAUCUCUCUACCUCUAGACAUGCUGGAGGAAAUACUCUCGAGGUUGCCACCAAAAUCGCUGCUCCGAUUCAGGUGUGUCUCGAAGACCUGGCUUGCUCUGAUCGGAAACCAUGAUUCCAAACUCCUCAAGGACUCUAUUCUCACCACCCGAAACCCCACUCAUCCUCUUCCUCGCAUCCUCGUCAAAGCCGCAGACAAAUCGAACGCCGAAAAGAUUGUGUUCUAUUCCCUCUCUUACGACACCCUCGACUGUGUGUCUCACAUCCAGAUGAUUCUCCCUCCAGUACCCUAUAAUUUCAUAAAACCAAAGCGUUACCUCGAGCUUGUCGCUUCCUCUAAUGGGCUACUAUGCCUUUACGAUUUCCAAAUCAAUGUCGUCUGUCUCUGGAACCCCACCACAUCAUAUGUAGGAUUCAAGGUUAUCCCGCUCAUGGAUCGCCACUGUCUUGGGUUCGGCUUCGACCCCAAUUCCGGCGACUUCAAGGUGGUUAAUUGUCGUUACGUUAAGAACGAAUCUGGCAUGAAAGCGCUGAUAGCGGAAGUCUACAGUAUGAGCCGUGGUUCUUGGAUAGUAUCAAAUUCUAUUAAUGCUAUGUAACCAUUCACAAAAUUAGAUAGAAAAAUGACGGAAAAUCGAGAAAAAA